CCAGGUCCUUUCCCCUGCAACGGGUCAUGGGUGCAGCGGGGGUUCAAAUUCUGGAUCUGUGAGUUUCCAAAAGUAUGUGUCCACUUUAUUUCACUCAGCCUGUUUAUCACUUGGCAAAACGGGGAACUACAAUCCUACGUAGAUGUUGGAACUAAAUAAGAUGGUGGGUGUGAACUUCUGUACGAAGUUAAUCACCUUUACCGGCCAAGACUCCCCAAAGGAAGUCGGCCAUUUACAGAAAGGGGCGGGCCGAGAUAUCAGUAGCUCGGCGCUCCUCUAGGCUUCGCGUAGCGACCAGUCGAGCUGCGAGCGAUCGAUGCCCCUGGCGCAAACUGACUGCUGAGAUCCGCCGCGCUGCGACCAAGCGGAACAAGUUGGCGUCAGCCCCGGGUCAACCUGACCCCGUCUGGACGCCAGAGAGGUGCUGGUCUGACUGGGCUGCCUGGUCCACAUGGCAGGAGGUCCCGAGGGGCUCAGAGACGCCCUCUGGGACGCCCUCCUGGCGCUCCUGCCACCCACGAAGGAGGAGCUGAAGCUGGACCUUGGCGAGGAGGUGGACAGAGGCACGGUGCUGCUGCUGCAGCAGGCGGCGGAGCUGUUCCUCGGGGGCCGGCGGGGCGAGUGUCUGCAGGCCAGUGAGGCCGUGCUGGACCAUGCCUGGGAGAAGCUUAACGCCGGGCCCUGGCAGGAUGUGGGCAAGGCCUGGCGCCAGGCGUAUGCCUUCGGCUGCCUGCUGAAGACGCUGUGCCUGUGCCAGCCGCCCCGGGAGGCCACUGCCGUGUCCGCGGCUCUGCGCGUGUGCGACAUGGGCCUGCUGAUGGGUGCGGCCAUCCUUGGUGACAUCCUCAUCAGGGUCGCAGCCGUCCUGCAGGCACACUUGGUGUCUGGAAAGAGGCCCGACCGCAGUCCCGGACAGGAGCUGCCCAGCACGAAGAAAGCAAGAUGUGACCACGACGCCGCUCCAGACGUGCAGUUGGAAAGAGCAGUGCCCCGGCUCCGCUGUCCCUCCCUCCAGCACUUCCAGAAGCACUUUCUGGUUCCGGGGAGGCCCGUGGUCUUGGAGGGCGUGGCUGACCACUGGCCAUGCAUGAAGAAGUGGAGUGUGGACUACGUCCGGGAGGUUGCCGGCUGCCGCACCGUCCCCGUGGAGGUCGGGUCCAGGUACACGGACAAGAACUGGUCACAGACCCUCAUGACAGUCAGCGAAUUCAUCAGCAAGUACAUCGAGAGUGAGGUGAGGGAUGUCGGGUACCUGGCUCAGCACCAGCUCUUUGACCAGAUCCCAGAGCUGAAGCACGACAUCGGCGUCCCUGACUACUGCUGCCUGGGCAGUGGGGAGGAGGAGGAGAUCACCAUCAACGCCUGGUUCGGCCCCGCGGGAACCGUGUCCCCUCUCCACCAGGACCCCCAGCAGAACUUCCUAGCCCAGGUGAUGGGGAGGAAGUACAUCCGGCUGUACUCCCCGCAGGACUCGGAGGCCCUGUACCCUCACGAGACGCACCUUCUCCACAACACCAGCCAGGUUGACGUGGAGAACCCCGACCUGGAGAAGUUCCCCAGAUUUGCCGAGGCCCCCUUCCUGUCGUGUGUCCUGGCUCCUGGAGAGAUCCUGUUCAUCCCAGUUAAACACUGGCAUUACGUGCGGGCUCUGGAUUUGAGCUUCUCCGUCAGCUUCUGGUGGUCCUAGCUGGAUGAGAGUGGGGAGGGCCCGAGUCACACCCAGCCUGCACUCGCCACGCUCCGGCCCAGCCUGCGAUUGAACAGGACAGGCCUAGGUGGCGGCCAGGACAGAGCAGGUGCAUGGUACGUGUGGCCAAGCGAGGCAGAGAGGAGUCAGGACACCCAGGCACGCAGCCCACCCAGAGGCUCGAUGCCCAGAAGCGGCAGGUGGGCAGUGGUUGGAAAGCACAGGCUUUGAAUGCGCCCACUGAGCUCCAACCUGUUUUGUCUCUGAACUGCUGUGGCGUUUGCGCCCAGUCCCCUCCCUGCAGUGUCUGUGUCUCAUUUGGAGGCUGGGGCAGCAGAGCUUCGGUCGCCCACCCCAGUUGGGAAGAGCACUGUACUUUGAGUUUAUCAGAAGCCCGGAGCCCCUGGCCUGCAGGCUUGGGAGAGGCCAGCACAGCCCUGGUCAGGGGAGGAUCCUUAUCCCUGCCUGGCAGAGGGAGGUCAUGGGCUCCCCUGGGUGCCCACACGCAAUGUCAGCCCUCCUGCACCUGGAGCACCUGCCCUUCCCAUUGUGUCCAGAGGUGGUGCGUGCUCCAGGGGGUGCCCAGGCCUAGGCUGUGUGCAAACACUGGCUUGUUUGCUUGUUUGACUUAUGGCUUCAUGGCCAGUCCACCCGUGGGCAGGAAUGUUUCUCCUUAUGUCCUGGGAAAAACAUUUGGGUGGACAUUUCUCAGAAGUGUCUGGGUUUUGACCUCCCUGGCAUGCACCAAGUGACCAUGAGAUAAAGAGGAAUUCAUUCAAACCAAUCACAUGAGAAAUUAAAGCUAAAAGCCCCUAAAAUUACUUUAUGGAAACUUCAUUAUCUUUUUAAAAACGUCAUGUAAAUAUGACAAAAUGUGAAUCCUUUUCAGUUCUUGGUUGCAACACAUGGGUGUCUUUGUAAAAAAUCACAACUAUAGGGCCGGGGAUUUAGCUCAGUGGUUCCAGCGGCUGCCUUACGAGUGAAAGGACCUGAGUUCGAUCACCAGUGCCAAAAAUAAAUAAGUAAAAAUCAUAACUAAUAGACAAGCACAGUAAAACAAAGAUGCCUGCUGAACUGGCUGUCAGCUGUGCUGGGCAGGGCUCCUGCUGGGGCACAGCAGCCAGGCACAGGUUCAGCAGAACAGAGAAGCUGGGGUGCAGAGGCUGUUGGG